AAAUUCAAAAUCAGUAAAACCUCCCUCCACCUCUUCCGCCGCGAUGGCCAGCAACGAUCUGUUCACGUCAUUAAUCUCCGACAUCAAAUCCUACUCCGGCAAGGACACACUUCUCCCUUGGCUAAGAGGGAUUCGAAGACUUCAAGACUCACUCCCCUAGAAGCUUCUGGAAGAAAAGCUACCUCCAAGUCUGGUUAAAGCUGGUAAAUAUAGUCACGUUGAUUGCAUAAUUAAAAUUUUUUGGUUGGAGUAGAUGGAUUUUGUGGAGGAUCCGAAAGAGCUUUUGAGGGCGAUGGAGGCGAAUCGGGUCGGCACCAAGCACCCAUUGUUCUACCAGGCGUCUGCUCUUUACUACGAGAAGAAUAAGAAGUUUGAGGAGGCUGAGAAGAUGUACCAUUUGGGGGUGCAGAAGCAUGCAGAUCCCAUUGAAGAAUUAGAGAAAGCAUAUGAGCAGUUGCUGCGACGCAAGGAGAGACACAGGAAGAUUCUGUGAACCUUGAAAAUAUUUUCUACAUUGGUAGGAAAAGAGAACCACAAAAGGAAUGAACGGAGGAUGCCUUGCAGCGAUGAUACAGUUGUGGGGAAGUUUGUAGACAUUGCUAUUGUCGGAAAAUCUGAAGUUGAAGAUGCUUGUCACCAUGGACCGGUGGAUCCUACUAUUAACAUGAAAGAGGCCAUGAGUGCCAUUAAUAGUAUGUUUCGGGAGCCUUUAGAGAUAGCUCCAGUUAGAAGAGAAUCACGUCAAUGCCAGCAAAAGGAGAAUAAUACAAACAAUGGAUUUCAGGUGUUUGUUGAUGAAAACUUGGAUAAGGGAGGCAAAUCAAAAUGUGAAGGUGUAGUGCAGCAAAGUAGAACCUCUCGCCAUCAGUCUCACCAAGAACCUUUGAACAUUUUCAUUGAUGAUAAUCAAGAUAGCCUCGAGCAGAAUGAAUUUCAGAAUAUUACAGAAGAUUCUUCUCCAUCUGCUUCACAUGAAAAUGCUUUUGGGUUUCUAAACCCAAAAGAUGUUCCAAGUGAAAGUCCUAAUAGUUUUGAUGUUGAAGGUUCAUCAAGACCAUGGUUUAGAGAGGUUACAAUGAUGGUUCAUAAGAUUGUUGGGAACACCAUUUCAGAGGACCCGCAGGUGGAAAACGCUUGCCACCAUGGCUUAGUCGAACGAACUAUCAACUUAAGGGAGGCCAUGGAUGAUAUCAAUAACAUGUUUGGCAAGCCAAUAGAUUUUGUAAGAAGCAGAAGAGCUAAAAGGCAGGACAAAGUACCAGAGAAGAAACAAGAUCUUGGUGGUUUUUGUAUACUUCCCACGUUUGCCAACAAAUCCAGAAUACUCUUGAGAUUCCUAUAA